AUGGCUAGUUUGUCCGAUAGUAUUAUUUCUGUUUUUCUUGACAAACGACAAUGUAUAUUAACAGAUACAGACGUGAACAAUGCACUUGUCAAUCAAGGUAUUUCAUGUAAUGUAGAAGAUAUACGUCGUCAUGUGCAAAUACUCAGUCCAGGAUUAUUUCAAUUGAUAAAUAAUGCUAAUGGAAGAGUAACAAUUCGUGUUGAACCUAAAAUUGAAAUUUGUGAUGAAUUUCUUAAUAAUCAUUGUUCAGGUCAAGAAAAUCAAUGUGUUCGACUUCAUAUAUGUCGACAUUUUGAAGGCAAUUGUCCAUCCUUAAAUUGUCGUUUUCCACACGAUUUUAGUAAAGGAUAUAAUAGAAAAAUUAUUGCAGAAAACCAUUGUGAAUGUGUAAAUCCUGUAUUGCUUGUCAAACUUCUUCGUCUUAGAAAAUUUUCAUUAAGACCGUCAUCAUCAUGUUUACCACAUACUCGAGGUCGUAGACCACGAGGGCGUGGUCGUGGUCGGGGUCAUGGCCGUGGUCGUGGUGUUUCAAAUCAUGGAUCUGCACGAAAUUCUAUAACACAAAAAGAUGAUUCAAAUCGACAAGUCGAUGUUAGUUUUCCAUCGUCAAGUCUUGCUCCACAAAUAGAUAUGGAAAUUAUUGAAAUUCUUUUACAUACACAUGAUAUUAAAAUUGAAGAUAAAUAUAAUGAAAAUGAAAAUGAAUAUUUUCGUCGAGUUACAAUUCAAUUAGGACGAAUAGAUGAUGUUGAAAAAUUACUUAUUUCACCUGUAAUCAAUCAUCAUGGUACUGAUAUAAAAUUUAAACGUACUAGUCAAAUAAUUGAUAAAACAAGUUUUCUAUUAAAAACAUCAAUUAAUAAUGAACAUGAUAAAAUUAAUUCAUCACGUAUUGAACUUUAUAUUAGUACACUUAUUAAAAAUAAUUCAAUAAAUAGAAUAUCUGAUCUUUCAACAAAUAGCGAACAAAUAAUACUUGUUCGUUGUAAUAAUGAAAUAGAUUUUGAUCGUGUUCGACAAGCAUAUGAAUCUAAAUCAGAAUUAUCAGGCAAACAUUUAACUUUAUCGCAAGUAUAUGAAUGUGAUGCUUUAGAAAUUCAUUAUAAUAAUACAAAUAAAUCUAUUACGUUUAAUGAUUUAAAAAUUAUUUUUGAAUCUGCUUGGAAUGAUAUAUUUGCUUUUAAUUUUUCAACAGAUGAUUGUGCGGAAAUUGAAUUUAUUAAUGCUCAUGGUAUGAGAACAUCAUUCUAG